AUGCUAGGGACAACCUGCAUGGACAGAGGGAAGGACGAGAAGAGGGGAGGAGACGAUGAAGGGGGAAACGGGCCCUGGCUGCCCAAGCGGCCUCCGCUAGGGGGCUACGGCGGGAGAAUUCCCGGGGGCGUCGCCUGCUUCCGCCGCCGCCUCCUUCAGCCGGGCGGGGGACACCCCAGGUCUGCGUGGUCCCCGCGCCGCCACGCCCAGUGGCCGCCUGAGCCCUGCGAGCAGGGGGAGGAGCCGCCGCCAGUGGAGGCGGAGGAGAUAGAGGAGGCGGAGACGGCAGAGACAGCAGAGACGGCGGAGCAGGCGGAGAGGAAGGUGGAGGCGGAGGCGAAGGUGGAGGGGAAGGUGGAGGCUGCGGGGAAGGUGGACGCCGCCGGGAAGGUGGACGCCGCUGGGAAGGUGGAGGCGGCCGGGAAGGUGGACGCCACAGGGAAGGCGGAGACGGCGGAGGGUCCGGGCCAACGGGUUGAGCUCAAGCUGGAGCCAGAACCCGAGCCGGUACGGGAGGCGGAGCAGGAGCAGAAGGGGGAGCAGAAGCCGGAGCCGGAGGAUGAGAACCCAGCGCGGAGCGGCGGUGGCGGCAGCAGCGACGAGGUUCCUCCCCCCACCCUUCCCUGCGACCCGCCGCGGCCCCCAGAUCCCUCCCCGCGUCGCAGUCGUGCUCCCCGCCGCCGACCCCGACCCCGACCCCGGCCCCAGACCCGGCUCCGUACCCCGCCGCAGCCUAGGCCACGGCCCCCUCCACGGCCUCGGCGCGGCCCUGGGGGCGGAUGCCUGGAUGUGGAUUUUACUUUGGGUCCACCAGGCUGUUCCCACGUGAACAGCUUUAAGGUGGGAGAGAACUGGAGGCAGGAACUGCGGGUGAUCUACCAGUGCUUCGUGUGGUGUGGAACCCCAGAGACCAGGAAAAGCAAAGCAAAGUCGUGCAUCUGCCAUGUGUGUGGCACCCAUUUGAACAGACUCCACUCUUGCCUUUCCUGUGUCUUCUUUGGCUGCUUUACAGAGAAGCACAUUCAUGAGCACGCUGAGACAAAACAACACAACUUAGCCGUAGACCUUUAUUAUGGAGGUAUAUACUGCUUUAUGUGUAAGGAUUAUGUAUAUGACAAAGACAUUGAGCAAAUUGCCAAAGAAGAGCAAGGAGAAGCUUUGAAAUUACAAGCCUCCACCUCAACAGAGGUUUCUCACCAGCAGUGUUCGGUGCCUGGCCUUGGUGAGAAAUAUCCAACCUGGGAAACAACCAAACCAGAGUUAGAACUGCUGGGACACAACCCCAGGAGAAGAAGAAUCACCUCAAGCUUUACCAUCGGUUUAAGAGGACUAAUCAAUCUUGGGAACACGUGCUUUAUGAACUGUAUUGUCCAGGCCCUUACCCACACUCCAAUACUGAGAGAUUUCUUCCUCUCUGACAGGCACAGAUGUGAAAUGCCAAGUCCUGAGUUGUGUCUGGUCUGUGAGAUGUCUUCACUUUUUCGGGAGUUGUAUUCUGGAAACCCAUCUCCUCAUGUUCCCUAUAAAUUACUGCACCUGGUGUGGAUACAUGCACGUCAUUUAGCGGGGUACAGGCAACAGGAUGCCCACGAGUUCCUCAUUGCGGCAUUGGAUGUCCUGCACAGGCACUGCAAAGGUGAUGAUGUCGGGAAGGCGGCCAACAAUCCCAAUCACUGUAACUGCAUCAUUGACCAAAUCUUCACUGGUGGCCUGCAGUCAGAUGUCACCUGUCAAGCCUGCCAUGGCGUUUCUACCACGAUAGACCCAUGUUGGGACAUCAGUUUGGACUUGCCUGGCUCUUGCACCUCCUUCUGGCCCAUGAGCCCAGGGAGGGAGAGCAGUGUGAAUGGGGAAAGCCACAUACCAGGAAUCACCACGCUCAUGGACUGCUUGCGGAGGUUUACAAGGCCCGAGCACUUAGGAAGCAGUGCCAAAAUCAAGUGUGGUAGUUGCCAAAGCUACCAGGAAUCUACCAAACAGCUCACCAUGAAUAAAUUACCUGUUGUUGCCUGUUUUCAUUUCAAACGAUUUGAACACUCAGCCAAACAGAGGCGCAAGAUCACUACGUACAUUUCCUUUCCUCUGGAGCUAGAUAUGACACCAUUUAUGGCCUCAAGUAAAGAGAGCAGAAUGAAUGGACAGUUGCAGUUGCCAACCAAUAGUGGAAAUGAGAAUAAGUACUCCUUGUUUGCUGUGGUUAAUCACCAAGGAACCUUGGAGAGUGGCCACUAUACCAGCUUCAUCCGGCACCACAAGGACCAGUGGUUCAAAUGUGAUGAUGCCGUCAUCACCAAGGCCAGUAUUAAGGAUGUACUGGACAGUGAAGGGUAUUUACUGUUUUAUCACAAACAGGUCCUGGAACAUGAGUCAGAAAAAGUGAAGGAAAUGAAUGCGCAAGCCUACUGAAGUGACACACAGACCUACCUGUAAUGGAAGAUGACAACACCUAUACUACAACUGGCAUCGAGAUUUAAAGGACCUACUUGACCAUGGCCCAUUGGCCUGAUAGAGUAAGAAUUGAACAGUACCCAGUGUCCAAAAGGUCUUGGUUGGAAGAGAAAUAGAGGGGGAGGGAGAAGAGGCUCUAGUCUAAGCAGUUACUUAAAGGAAAAUUAAAUGGCAGGAAGGUUCUGAGUGGGGAAAGCAGGAGCAGGAAAAUUUUGACACUGGUACAUAUCCUAUAUUCCUCCAAAAGAUUG